GUCCUCACCCCCCAAAAUAAUACGAUUGAAUGGAAAACACAAAGCUUCCGAAUGUGAGGAUUGAUCCCAGUAGCAUCUCCUUCAACAUGUGGAAAGACCUUCCUAUUCCUUUCUAUUUCGCCGUCCACUUUUUUGAAGUGGUAAAUCCAGUAGAGGUUGUUAAUGGGGCCAAGCCUGUGGUGGCCGAACGUGGACCUUAUGUCUACAGGGAACAUAGGUUUAAAACCAACAUCACUUUCCAUGACAAUGACACGGUUUCGUUCCUGGAAUAUCGGCGUUUUCACUUCCAACCAGACAUGUCUAUUGGAAAGGAAGAGGAUCACGUUGUUGUACCAAACAUCCUGUUGCUGGGGGGAGCUGUCAUGAUGGAGAAUCUCCCCGGCUUUCUGAAGGUGUUGAUAAGUAGUGCACUGUCUGGCCUGAAACAGACGCCUUUUGUGAACCGGACAGUGGGGGAGAUCCUUUGGGGGUAUGAUGAUCCACUUCUGACGAUACUGAACACCCUCGUACCUGGCUUGAUCCCUUUCAAGGGGAAGUUUGGCUUGUUUAGUGAUUUUAACAACUCUAAUUCAGGACUGUUCACUGUGUAUACGGGGGUGAAGGACAUCCAUAAAUGCCAUAUGGUGGAUACCUGGAAUGGGAUUAGAAAGACAAACUAUUGGCGGAGUGAGCAGUGUAAUAUGAUCAAUGGGACUUCUGGAGAAAUGUGGCCACCUUUCAUGACCCCUUCUACUUCUCUGGAGUUUUAUAGUCCUGAUGCCUGCAGGUCCAUGGCGCUGGUGUACGAGCAGCCUGGAGAAUUUAAAGGGAUACCAACUUUUCGCUAUGUGGCUCCAAAGACUCUGUUUGCUAACGGGACGGACUAUCCUCCUAACGAAGGCUUCUGCCCCUGUAGGGAGUCUGGAAUCCAGAACGUCAGCUCCUGCCGACUAAAUGCACCAGUAUUCAUUUCCCAUCCUCACUUCUACAAUGCUGACCCGGUCCUGGUAGAGGCUGUUGGCGGACUCCAUCCCACAAAGGAGAAGCAUGGACUCUUCUUGGAUAUCCACCCAAUGACCGGCAUUCCCAUGAAUUGUUCCAUCAAGCUGCAGAUGAAUAUGUUCAUAAAACAGGUCUCGGGCAUAACGCAAACAGGGAAGAUCAAGCCAGUCAUUUUGCCUAUAAUCUGGUUUUCAGAGAGUGGUUCCCUUGAGGGUCCAGUCCUAAAGGAGUUCUACACCAACCUGGUCCUGAUUCCAUCUGUACUGGAAUAUGUGCAAUACAUCUCCAUUGCUCUGGGUACUGCUUUGAUGAUUGCUGCCAUCCUACUCAUAAUAAGUCAGCAGAAAGAGGCUAGAAAGAGGAGUCCAAAGGAACAAGGCCUACCAAAUGGAUCACCUCAGUACUCUGAAACCAGUCCACUCCUGCAAGAUACCAAUACACGGAACCAGACGGAGACAGCCAAAGCUUGACGUGCCAGCCUUGAAGAGCAGCUCCCAUUAGUGCAUAUCACUACACUCAGGGAUAUGAAUGAAAAGCGGUUCUUGAGAAGGAACCUCUCAGAUGCAUCCAGUUGAGAACUAGACUUCUUGCCUCCAGUCUUGCAUCAAGCACAGAACAUGCUCAAAGAGCAGUUGGACACUGCCACAGCAAACCUUCCCAGUCUUAUUCUCCUCUCGUGUCUUUGUGCAGAUGAUUCAAAGGACUACUCCUGGCAUGAGGCCUGCAGGUGCCUUAGCUGUUUGGCUGCCUGCCUGCCAGGCAGAAACAAAGACGGAGAACUUCCAGGCAGUCUCCUAAAGAGUCCUCCCCUGCAGCCGUACUCCUGACUUGCCUACUUGACAGUGAACAAGGCACUUUAAUACCCAGCCCUAAAGCAGAGGAGGUGCAGCUCUGUUUCAUAAGCUGGCAAGUGCUGCAUGUAAAAAGGAGGGGAAGAUGCUCAUCCUAUGUGCUGCUCGAGGUGCGAGUAGAAGGGCUUGUUGCACUAGACCACUUCUGGCCACUUUUUUUAAACUCCUGAGGCAGCAGGGAAAAUGAGUUGACUUGCCAGCUCUCCAGUAAUAAGUCCACCCUCCUGCCCCCCGUAGAGUGAAGUUUUUCCUGGGGAUGACUUGAGUCAGCAGUGUCCACACAUCUCUAAGGGACCACACACUACCAGCUUAGAUCUGUGCCAUGCUAUUAAAGACUGCUAUAACUGUCUUAAUGGAGGCUUCGGACUGAAGGCUCAUUCUUAAUUGUAUUAAAGCUCUAACAGGGUUGAGUGAGGGUUUUAAUCUGGCUCGCAAUGCUGUCAUGUGCUCAAUCACAAGAUUUGGUCCUUGUGACUGACCACUAGAAUAUUAAGCUGCUGUUCAGUACAGAUGGCUACACUUUUUUCCCUUAAGGUGUGACUUGAUUUCUUUAUAGGAGUUUCUUGGCUGUCCUGGAUGCCGGGUGUGUGUUAAGCCCAGGUGCUGUCCAGCUCUUCAAAUGCCAGAGCUUCUCAGCCUCACUGGUAGUAUGGACACAAGCAGAAGACUUGCCUGUGGGGAAGGAAGUGUGUGGUCAGCUUUUCAGGCCUAGAUUAGUUGAUGCUAAUCGGGCCCCUAGUGGCACUUUUUGAAGGCAUCCUUGAAAGAUUUAUGUACAGUUUUUCUGUACCAGAUCAAGUGCAAACCUUUUUUACCUGUCCCCUUUAAAGAAGAAAUCUCCAACACCACCAUUAUGCUAGUUGGUAGACCAUCAGUAGACUAGACAAAUGGCUACAAGUAGAGUAGGAAGUCAUGAAGGGAGAAUUUAAGCCUGGUUGGAAAAAGUGACUUCUGUCCCAUGGAGAGCUAGAACAACUACUUGGUUUAAGCAUGGCUUUGUGUGUGUUGCACCAGCAGAUCAAUGCGGGACAGUCUGGGUGAGCACAAAUUUAUCUCUAACUGCAGGUAACUCUGCUAUUGGUCCCAAGAUGGUAUCUUGUUUAGCCUACCUGAGUGUCUUGCUGUUUGUUAACACUUUUGUAUUUUUUUUUUCUCUUCUCAUGAGUGAAUAUUGCACUAUUUUGUAAUCUGGUGGUUACCAAAUGGCUGGAUGCCCAACCAAUGGAAAGCACAAUAACCCAUUUUGGCUUCCUCCAUGUCAUAGGUUGCCUCUCUCUUUUUUUUUGACGGCUUCCUUGUCUACUGAAGUGUUUUAGUGAUGCAGUGGUGCUAAUAAUAAUACUUCAUUGUGUGCCAGGAUGCUGGCUAAAGGCAAACAAAAUACUGAAGUGCAGGUACCAGGUGAACACUUUCUUCAGCCUCCUCCUAAGGGAAGGCAUAACUUCAGUAAUGGUUAGCUGCUGCACAAUGUCUGCCCUCUGCAUCCUAGUGAAUUAUCUCGUUUCCUUUUUGUACAGACCAUACCCUCUCCUAGCACUUGUCUAAAGACUCUUUAUUCUGUGGUUUCUCCAAUUGCACUGAGGUGGUGAAAUUGUCUUACUGUAUAACUGGUUUAAACUGAAAUAAAGUCUAGUCUCAAAAUGACAUGUCCU